AAUCGACGUGCAAAUCUGACAUGGCGCGGACUGUCGCGGCCAGCGUGCUCGUGUCCCUCGCCUGGACCGCCGCCGUGCCCGUGUGUCCCAUGGGCAUGUUUGUCGACGUUGCUAGCGUCAUGACGAGCUCGCGCAGCCUGGCGCCGUGCCUCCGCGCCUGCGGUGUGAGCUUUGCAGCGUACAACGCGGGCGAAUUUCCGAGCGAUGCACAGUGGCAGCGUUUUGCCGUGACGCCUGACUGCCAGGCCUUUUACACGGAGCUCAAGACGAGCUUUGCAGCCCUCGACGAGUGCGUUGUACCGACAACCACUGGUCCGCUGAACCUCCACCACUUGGAAAACGUCCCGAUCGAGACGCUUCUGCGCUUGACGUACCCGAUGGCACACCCCAACUACACGCAAACGAAUGCAACCGCGCCGCCACUGCACGCGUCGUCCUGGGCGCCACACUACGUUCUGGACGUCGGGCUCGCAGUGGCCAUUUCGAUGCUCGUACUGGUACUUGGCUAGCACCGUGGCUGAACCCUGCUAUGGAGGACGUGGCGUCUUUUGAGUCGAUGACGAUAUAUAUAAGCGUGUUGCGCGUUAUCUUCAUUGUUACAACGACUUCGCAUACGUAGAGACUAGCAAU